CUGGUUCGCAAAUGAUGAAAGCCAACUUGUCUGCGGAUGGAUAUCUUCAGCCACCGCCAAUAACUUCGCAUCGCCCUACACGACGGAAUACCACAGGUUCGAAUGUGCAAGCCGGCUUACGGACGUCGCUGCAGGGGGCUGGCCAGAGCGCUCAAGCGUACGGGGUCGAGGAUGGCGACAUAGAGGAUGAUAUCCAAAUGCAGGCAGAGCAGAUUAGGAGGGAGCGCAAACGGGCCAAGGCUCAGCAAGAGGCAGAAGCGGCUUUGACAAGGAAAGUAUCGAUGCAGAGAGGAGGGUCAAGUAGAGAUGAAGAGACGAAAGUGCUGGUAGGGAAUCUUAUUGGGGAGGACCACGUCAAUUACGUGCUUAUGUACAACAUGUUGACUGGCAUUCGAAUUGCUGUCUCUCGAUGUCAGGCUAAGAUUAAGCGUCCUCUUACAGAUGAAGAUUUCACGGCACGACACAAGUACUCCUUUGAUAUCGUCGGGAAUGAAUUGACGCCUUCGGCAAAGUAUGACUUCAAGUUCAAGGACUAUGCCCCAAACGUGUUUCGAGAACUGCGAGAGGACUACUUCCAACUGGAUCCAGCGGAUUAUUUGCUGUCUCUAACUGCAAAAUACAUCUUAUCCGAGCUAGGGUCACCAGGAAAAUCAGGGUCUUUCUUCUAUUUCUCCCGUGACUAUCGUUUCAUUAUCAAGACUAUCCGGCACUCAGAACAUAAGUUCUUACUGUCCAUCCUGAGCGAAUACUACUCUCAUGUGAAGAAUAACCCUCACACGUUACUUUCGCGGUUUUAUGGUCUCCACCGUGUAAAGUUGCCUCGGGGUCGAAAGAUUCAUUUCGUGAUCAUGAACAAUCUAUUCCCUCCUCACAAGGAUAUCCACGAAACGUUUGACUUGAAGGGAAGCACGGUUGGUAGACUGUAUUCAGAGGAAAAGGCUUCUCAAAACCCACGGGCUGUGUUGAAGGACUUGAAUUGGAUCAACAGAGGGAAAAUGUUGGAGUUGGGACCGGAGAAGAGGGCGUUGUUGACUGAACAACUGAGGAGAGAUUCAGAACUAUUGAAGAAAGUGCAUGUGAUGGAUUACAGUUUACUCGUGGGGAUUCACAACGUGCGGCGGGGUAAUCGGGACAACGUCAGGAGUAACACACUUAAAGUUUUUUCUCCUGCUGUUCCGCCCAUUCGCCGUAAAAUUACUCAGAUUAAGGGUGGCAGGUCGCCCGAAGCUAUCGCUAUGCGUCAAGCAAUGCGUACAUCUGACCCAAAGCGACUCGGCGCUGGCACAUUAAAUCUUCCAGAGGUGGACACAGGUGACCGUCAGCACUUCAUCUUUUACCAGGACGAAGGUGGUCUACAGGCAACGGACGAGUCGAAUGAGGCUACGGACACGAUAUAUUACCUUGGUGUUAUCGACAUCUUGACGCCUUAUGCUAGCGUCAAGAAACUCGAACAUUUUUGGAAGGGUCUAAAAGCUGAUCGACACAAAAUAAGUCCCGUACCUCCUGUGGAGUAUGCUGACCGCUUCUUUAACUUUAUGAAAGCUAUUAUGCGUGGGGGAGGUGGGGGAGGCCGUUUCAAGGCAGAGUAGGUAGACUUAUGGAUCACAGUUUUUUUGUUCCUGCUUUAUUUCCGGGGGAGAUUGUCCAUGGACACGUUGCAUUGUAUUCCGUUUCACAUCUUUUACGCAACUAUACCACAAUCUCGCUUUAAUAUUUAACCUUCUGGGUAUACCUUUCGCCCAGCACACACGCUCAUUCUCAUUUUCUCGUCUAUUUGCGACUCAAGCUAGUUGAGUGCGCGUACACACUCGUUUUUCGAAUCACUUUUGCAAUCAUGCUUUCUGCUUCUUUUCGCACUUUCAGACUACCUUGCAUUAACUGAUCCUAGGCAUACAAUACAUGUGCUGAUACAUCGGAAGAAACAAGAUUUAGAUGAGGCUACAUGUAUAAGUCGUCGU